AUGGCACAGAACCCCAAGAAUGUAGUUAAUUUCACACCUUCCGAUGAGGGCCAUGACCUCCUGUUGCUGACCUUUAAAGCAAUGAAGACGGUCAGUGUUGCCUUAGUUUUGUGCCUGAAUGUUGGUGUGGACCCUCCUGAUGUGGUGAAGACCACGCCCUGUGCACGUCUAGAGUGCUGGAUCGAUCCUCUGUCGAUGGGUCCUCAGAAAGCUCUGGAAACCAUCGGUGCAAAUUUACAGAAGCAGUACGAGAACUGGCAACCAAGGGCCCGGUACAAGCAGAGCCUCGACCCGACCGUGGAUGAAGUCAAGAAGCUUUGCACAUCUCUGCGCCGCAAUGCCAAGGAGGAGCGGGUCCUCUUCCACUACAAUGGCCACGGGGUGCCCAGGCCCACCGUGAACGGGGAGGUCUGGGUCUUCAACAAGAACUACACACAGUACAUCCCUCUGUCUAUAUACGACCUGCAGACAUGGAUGGGCAGCCCAUCGAUCUUCGUCUAUGACUGCUCCAACGCCGGCCUGAUCGUCAAGUCAUUCAAGCAGUUUGCUUUACAGCGAGAGCAGGAGCUGGAGGUAGCUGCAAUUAACCCAAACCACCCCCUUGCCCAGAUGCCUUUGCCUCCAUCAAUGAAAAACUGCAUCCAGCUGGCAGCCUGUGAGGCCAACGAGCUCCUGCCCAUGAUCCCUGACCUCCCAGCUGACCUGUUCACGUCCUGCCUCACCACCCCCAUCAAGAUUGCCCUGCGCUGGUGA